UGGACUACAAUUCCCAGCACGCUCUGCUCUCCAAGCCUGGAAUCAGGGUUGCGCAGCCGCCUCCAGGCUGAUUGACUAGCCUGUUGAUAGCCCUGCCUGCCUCCCCUUCUCUUACCUCCACCUAGCUCCUACCUCCGGCGAGAAAGGACGACUGGCGGAAGGGCUGACUGACUGACUGACAGACGGAUAGCGGGCUUCGGGAUGGAUGCACGGAUGGGCUUUUGAAGAUCAGAAAAUUGGCCUUUUUAACUGUCUAGAUCCUAAAAGAGAAAUCAUGGCCCUACCUUUUCAAAAAGAACUUGAGAAAUACAAGAAUAUUGAUGAAGAUGAACUCCUUGGUAAACUCUCAGAAGAGGAGCUAAAACAGUUGGAAAAUGUUCUAGAUGACCUAGAUCCUGAGAGUGCACUCCUACCUGCAGGUUUCCGGCAGAAAGACCAGACACAGAAAGCGGCCACUGGCCCCUUUGACAGGGAGCAUCUCCUUUCAUAUUUGGAAAAAGAGGCGCUGGAACACAAAGACAGGGAAGACUUUGUACCCUUCACUGGAGAAAAGAAAGGAAGGAUCUUUAUCCCCAAAGAAAAACUACAAGAAACUCAUAAGGAAGAAAAAGUGACUCUUGAUCCAGAACUGGAAGAAGCUUUAGCUAGUGCCUCUGAUACCGAACUCUAUGAUCUUGCAGCUGUUCUUGGAGUUCACAAUUUAGUCAAUAAUCCACGGUUUAAUGAAGAAGUACCAAGUAAUGAAAUUGGCAAAAGCCCUCCUAGAAAUGUGGUCAAAGGUGAGAAGGUCAAGCCAAUAUUUGAGGAACCACCCAAUCCCACAAAUGUGGAACUAAGUUUGCAGCAGCUGAAAGCAAAUGAUCCCAGCCUUCAGGAAGUCAACCUCAACAACAUUAAGAAUAUUCCAAUUCCAACUCUGAAGGAGUUUGCAAAGGCUCUGGAGAAAAACACCCAUGUGAAGAAGUUCAGCCUGGCUGCCACCCGCAGCAAUGAUCCUGUUGCAAUUGCUUUCGCCGACAUGUUAAAAGUAAAUAAGACAUUGAAAAGCCUAAAUAUUGAAUCCAACUUUGUCACUGGAACUGGGAUUCUGGCACUGGUGGAUGCACUGAAAGAAAAUGAAUCCCUGACAGAGAUCAAGAUAGACAACCAGAGACAGCAGUUGGGAACAGCUGUAGAAAUGGAAAUUGCCCAGAUGGUUGAGGAGAACUCAAUGAUUCUUAAGUUUGGAUACCAGUUUACAAAACAAGGGCCAAGAACCAGGGUAGCAGCUGCCAUCACAAAGAAUAAUGAUCUAGUUCGCAAGAAACGAGUGGAAGGUGACCGGCGAUAACCCAAUCAUCGGAGAAAUGCCUUUCUGCCGAAGGCAGCUAGCAUUAAGAUCAUAACCUUAAACUCUUGCCCCAGUGAGACCAUUUUAAAAAAGGUCAUUCAUUUCCGUUAAUUGCUUCCUCUUUAUCCACACCACUAAUACGUUAACUUUAUUGUAUUUUUGUGUGUGUGUGACAUUAUUUCUCAGAUGAAUAAUGUGCACAUAUUUUUAUUUUUAUCAUGUGUGGUUCUGGCAUGCACAGUGAACAGUGGAUUGAUGUAGACCUUAGUUGAGUGGCAACUACUAGGAAUGACAUUAACUGCCUUCACAUAGGGAUUUCUUUCCCAACUUACUCAUUGUAACCAACUUGUGUUUUUACUUCCUGCAGAAGUUCAUUUUUAAUCACAAAGUGGAUUUUAGUACAUAAGGUAUGUUUUUAGGUAUAAUUGUUUUAUCAAGCCCUAGCUCUGUUUACAUUCACUGUUUUGAGUUGGGCUAAUUGUUACAGAGACAUUCUGCUGAUAUAACAAAAGAAAUGUGCCAGUAUUGCCAACCCUAUAUUGGGUGAGAGAAUGGAUGGGUUCCUUGGGACUGGAAAAUUACUGAAAGAAUGUCCCCUACUGAUGGUGGACCAGUAGUGUCACCAUCACAUAUGGAGGAGCAUUACUUUACCUUUAACAGCCUUAGCAAAACAACUACAAAAUAUUUACCAGCCCACAAAUAUAUUUACCAGCUAAGAGAUCAACAAGUUGUGAAAUUAAAGAAUGCUCUCUUCACUACUUGUCCAGCAUAAAUGUUUUCUUUCUAUUGACCAAUGAUAACAAUUUGAAAGGCUGUUUUAGCAUUUUCAAAUAUAAUUUUUAACAUUUUAACAAAAAGUAAAAGCUUUUUGGAGUUCUGCAUUCCUUUUGAAUUCACCAUACUACUGCUCAUCAAGAUUUUCUUUGAACUGCACUUUUGAGAUGCACUGUUUGGACUAAUUAUAAACCUCUGUGGCUUUGUCUACAUAGUGCCAAAACAACAGAAUGAAAAGUGAAAAAAUCAGCUUCGGUUCUGUACACCUAUUUUGUCUCCCUGCCACCAAAGGUCCAGCUAUUUGGGAACAUACCAAUACAGACUAGAUUUUUCACUUGUCAUCUAGAUGUUUCUCAUAGUGGAGACAUAGCCUGUGAGAAUACAAGUGACUUAACUGGAUAUUUAAUCUGUAUGACAUUUUUAACCUAGUUAUUUAGUACUAAGUAAAAGAAAAGCAUGCUAUAGCACAAGGGUAGACAGCCUUGGGCACUGAUGCCACAAAAAGCCCCCUGUGGCAUUCUUUAACUCCUCUCUACUCAUAUUUCUUUUUUUUCUUCUUUUCUUUCUUUAUCUCCCUUCUUUUCUAUUUUCUCACUAAUUUUCUUUCUCCUCUCUCCUUCUUUCCUGAUUUCUUCUCAUUCCCUAACUAAGCCUGGGUCUUGCCAGUGUUACCAGGUAUCACACACAGAGACCAAAUUCAGAAUUUAAAUUCUAUGGCCAAUUAGCUCUGCCACAUGGACACAGUUUUUCUCAGUAUAGCAUUAAAACAAGUUAAUGAAAAAAGACAGACGUGUUGUGUUACAGCUCUUACUUUGUAAAAUACUGGAACAACAUUUAGCACACAGUCUUUAAAAAAAAAUGAAAUGUUUCUAACCACCAUGUCUUGUGUUAUCCUUACCUAUAUUUCUGUCUUCAAAAGAAUAUUUAUAUAGUGAGGGUUAUGGUCAGCAUAUAUGCUGAAAUCUAUAAACACUUUCAUCUGUUAAAUGAAGCAGUUUGAUUUAAGUUCCUUAAAGUUUCCAAAAAAAUUACAAAUAGAACCAGCAUGAAAUGAAAUUUAUCUGUAUGACCUGAAUUGGUAUUACAUAGGCUUUCAUAAUCAUCCUGAUGUUCCCUUUCCAACUUUUCAGGAUAUCACAAAAACCCUAGGGCCAAUGAAUGGAGAAAACCUACUCAACCCCAUUAUAGAAUUCACCAUAAGACCAGUUCUUAUGUAGAAUUAUUACUUUCUUAAAGUCAGCAGCUUCUACUUUCACAGCCAUCAAAUAUCUCAACUUAGAAGUCAACUAAACUGUCUAGAGCCACCACCAUUUUUAAACUCAAAAUAAAAGUAAUAGGCUAAAAUAUUAGGUUUGGGUUAAGAAAGAUCUUAGUUUAAAUCUAACCCCAAGAGACUUAUUAACUGUAUGAACAUAGACAAGCCCAGCUUCCUCUCUGAGUCUCAGUUUCCUUAUCUGUAAAAGAGUGGUAUGAAUACAAGCACCUACUUUACAGAGUUGCAUGAGACUCUAAUGAGAUAUAUGUAAAGCAUUUUGCAAACCUUAAAAUCAUUGUAUCUGUGUCAGUUAUUAUCAUUAUUAUUCAAUAUAUAUGCUGACCCCCUGUUCAACCUUCAUACAAAAAAACAAAACAAAUUUUUUUAAAAGUCUUCCUUUUAGACAAAGUUUCCAUCUGUGAAGAAUUGAGGAAGACACAAUUAUUCCCUAGCUAGAAGUGAAACAAACUAUAAUCAGUACAUCAUAUAUCAAUGAGCUAAUGGUCUUAUAAAAAAUUCAAAUAAUCAACCUGGAAUUACUAUGUGUUAGGACUGUGGGAGAUACAUAGUAUCUCCCUCAAGUAACUUAAAAUUUAGUCUUGAAAUAACUUUUGCAUUUCUUUGUGGAUCUCUUGGUUGCUAAUACUAUAAAGUUAAUACUAUAUCAUGAACAUGGGAACUGGGGACUUGUUACAAACACUUUAUAUUCACCAGACUGAGGGCAAGAAUUGUGCCUUACCUAAAUUCUAUAUUGUUCCUAUUGCAACAGGUGCUUAAUAUAUCUUAUUUGGAUUGAUUUUAAUUGAAAUUUAGAAAUUUACUCAGCAGAUGUUGCUAUGGAGGACAAUUUAGCUAAGGUAUUCUCUUCCCCCUCUUCCUUUUGGAAGAGUAAGUAGAACCGACUCUUCUUGACCAUACCUGCCUCUACCCAUUGGAGCUGGCUUAGGGUGAGGCCUUCACUACAGGUCCUUGCCUCUAUUUCCUCUUCCUUCUUUCCUGUGCUUGCCUGGGGAAGGGGGGAUAAGAAGAAGAGUUGUUGUGAUAGAAAAAGCCCAAAGGCCCCUUGUUCAAAACAGCCCCUCAAUUAGUUCAUGAGGGAUUUAGCUUAGGGGAAAGGUUCUAGUACCAUAUGGCUUUUUCUCUCUCUGCAAAAUUAGAAAGCUUAAAAAUACAGACUAUUCAUAAAGCUCUGAGUCUUCAGGCAAUCCUUCAGUUACCAGACUGAAAGUGAGAUGUUCAAGCUAUUUGAAUUCUAUAUAGUUGAUUAUCCUCAAACUUCCCUCCCCUCCAUAUCUCACUCUAUAUGGAGAACAUCAGUUUGGGACACAAUUACAAUGAUCUUUAUCUAGAAAACCAACAUUAAAAAUGCAAAUUGCUAUUAAGCAAAAAGUUGAACACAGCAAAGAAACACUUAGUAAUAAUUAGUAUGACAUCCAUUGAACAUGACAAUAAAACAAAAGAGAAUAGUCAAACUUCUGUAGAAUUCCUGAAGUCUGAUUGCAAAUCCAAAGUGUGUAGUUUCCUCUUCUUUUUCAGUCAUUAUAUAGGUCCUAGGAAGGGAGAGUUCUUUUACUAAGAGCUAUUCUUUUACCAUAGAGCAACCAUUAUCCUUUAAUUCCCCAUAUUCUUCUGCCUUAAACAUUCCAGUUGUUAUUCAGUGGUUUUCAGUCAUGUCUAACUCUUCAUGACCCCAUUUGGAGUUUUCUAGGCAAAGACAUUAGAGCAGUUGGUCAUUUCUUUCUCUAGCUGAUUUGUCAGAUGAAGAACUGAGACAAACAAGAUUAAGUGACUUACCCAGAGUCACAGAGCUGGUAAGUGUCUGAGGCCAGAUUUGAACUCAAGAAGAUGAGUCUUCCUGACUUGAGGCCUAUCUACUGUGCCAUACAAAUGUCCUAAAAACAUUCCAAUUGCUUCCUUCUAAAAACAAAAAAACUGUAAGCUCCUAAAAUGCCAGAAAUGGAAAAAUAAUGCUGUGGCAUUACCAAGGGAAGUUUUGCAAAACCUGAUAAGGGAACAUAGAAAUCAUAUUCUUAGCAGGACUUAGUCCUCCUGCUAGUGAAUUGGCAAGUCUAUAAAGAAGUGUUUAGAAUCCACUUAUAAGGGGAAAAAAGGGUAUUAGGCAUCUCCUCAUUCCUUUCCUUUUCUUAAAACAUGGAUCCAUUUGUAUUUUAUUUUGUGAUUCGGAUAUUCAGAAAACUGAUUGAGAGUAUUUGAGGGGAAGGAGGAGGAACUGGAGACUAAUUGCUUAAUGGCAAAACUAAUAGCAGCUCAGCUCCACUCCCCACAGAGCUAUUUCCUGCCUGCUGUACAAACAGCUAUUAUUGCACCAUCGGUAAAAGAGGGUUAGAGCCAUAAACUUUAGAUUUGCAAUCUGAUCCCAGGCACAAAUCUUCCCAGUUUCAAUCACUGGUACUGGAGAAAGAGGAAAACACCUGAAACUUGCUGCCAUCAUUUUCAUAUUGAAAUUUCAUAUUGAAAGCCCUAAAACUUACUCUCAUCUGUGAGCAGGUUAUUGUUGGGUGGAUGACCUCAUCUUUAGGUGGGUGACCUGAAUAGUGAGACGAGGGGAAACCAUGGCAUAUGUUAUUUAAAGGAACUGGGGAUAUUUCACCUGGAAAAUGAAAGCCUUGGAAGAUGGAGGGAGGAGAGCCUAGCAAGGUUGCUGGGUUCAGAUAUCUAAAAGAUUGUUAUGUGGAAAAAAGCAUUAGACUCUUGGCUCUGGAUCACAGACUUUGCUGUGGGUGGGUUGACUUCAGUUCAAACAUAAGGAAACAUUUUCUGAUAAUUAAAGCUGUCCAAAAAUGGAAUACAUAACCUCUGAUUUCCCCUUUGCUGGAUGUCUGAAAGUGGAGUCUGAAUGGUCAGUCCUUAGGGGUGUUAAGAUUUAUCAUGUGAAUAAGGAAUGAAUUAGAUAACCUCAGAGGCCCCUUCCAACUCUUAGCAUUUUCUGAUCUCUUAUUCUACAAACUGCUCUUCCUCAUCCUCUGUUCAUCUUAGAGGGUAAAUAAAGUAAGGAGAGGCAGAAAGGGAUAAAGCCACCUGAGGUCAAGAUUUUGUUUAGGAAAUUGAAAUUGAUAUUAUGUUAAAUUAAAUUACAUUAAGCUAAUAAGUAGAACCCAUUAUUUUAAGACACAUACACAGAGCUGUUUCUUAUUUUGUUUUUGUUUUUUAAAUUAUUAAUUGUGUCACUUUGAAUAGGUUUUUGUGGGGAAAACCUACAAAGAGAGAGUGUCUACAUGUAACUUGAUCCUCCUGACAGCCUUGUUUAUCCCUCUCAAGUAUGAUCUGCUCUUAGAGGUGGAUGGAGUAAGGAGAUAUCCGCUUCCUCCAUUUCUUCCUUUCUCUAACCCUAACUUGAUUUUGUUUCCCUUAUGGUAUGAAAAAACAACCUGUCUACAAUGAGCCCUAUUGUACAUGAGGGAAGUAAACUUCUAAAACAGGGAUUUGGGUCCUGAGCUGAGGACUGGAGAGUGGGACAGAAAGGACAUGAAGGGAAAGGAGAAUCGGAAACCAUGGAGGUAGUUUGUAAUGCAUCAUCGGUACUCUCCUUGCAUUGUCAAGUUCUGUCAUCUCUAAGAGAGUUCUCCUUGCCCAGCAGCCUCAUUAUAGGUGCUAGUUCUGCUGCUAACGUGGGAAAAUUUACCCAUCUUUUGUCAGAUUAGGUUUCCCCCUAUCAUGGCAGCCAGCUCAUUAUCACCAGCAGUCAAGGGAUGGUGGUUGUAGUAAUAUUCCAUCACCACCAAGACCACCAAGAACCCUUAUGACCCAAAGCCCCACACUAAGAGCUCUAUUCCAUCACCAUUCUAUACAAGCAGAGCAGGAUGGAAGAGGCAGUAAAGUAAGUGAUUGCUUGCAGCUCAAAAAAUGGUAUUUCUGCAUUUUGGGUUCAAAUCAUCAAUCCAUUCAAUAAUAAAAGGAAGAAACUUUAGUACUUGUUAGUAACAGCAUAUAUAAUUAACUAUUCACGUUAAUGAAAGAGAACCAGUGGCUUGGAUAACCCAAAUUAUAAAAUAAUGUAAACAUUACCUUUAUUUCCAUACUUGUAAAUUGAAGAUAAUAAUACUUAUACUACCUAGUUCACAUGGUUAUUUUGAAGAUACCUUAUUUCUUAAUUACCCUAUUUAUUCAUAUAAUUCCCUUUAUCUCUUUUAAGUAUUUUAUCACUAAAUGAGAUGAUAUAUGUGAAAAUGUUUUUAAAAUAGUUCUAUAAAAAUGCAAAGUAGUAUGACAUUUAGUGUUAAGAUGCAUUAUAUUUUUGUAACAAAUUUACCUUCUUCUCUACCAUAUUUAUUUGCAUUGAUGUCCUAUUCCUUUUCUAGAAGAAAUGUUUGUUACUAAAUAGAGAGAGUUAACAAUGAAGGGUAGCAUAAGUUCUAAUCUUAGUCUUAGCACUCAACAUUUUGCCUGGGGUUUCAGUUUCCCUUACCUGUGAAAUGAAGUGAAUGAAUUAUAAUUCUUUCCAGCUUUUAAAUUUGAUUAUUUUCAAUUACUUGCAUAGAUAGAAAUGAACACAGGAGAAUUUCACCCCUUAAUACAUCAUUCCGUUCUUAGUGGAGCCUCUGAAGAUUUGGGAAGAGGACAAAUCCAAAAAGUGGCUAAGACAUUCUUUCAUUAAAAAAAAAUUUUUUUUUAAUCUUCUGUGUUUUUACCAAUUAUUUGAAGGGAUAUCUAAUAAGCACACUGCCAAGGAGGAAAUCAUGAGAAAGGAAAAAAAUUUCUACUUCAAGUUAGGAGAUAGUAUGGCAAUAUGAAAAGAUUUGAAAAAAAUGUAAGAGGGAAAAAAAUAAUUAAAUGCAGCAUGUAAUUUUUCUCUCAUAUCAAUUAUUUUACAAGUCCUGAGCACACAUUGACUAGUUAGGGUUAUGGGUAGAGGAAAAGGAAUAAGGAAGAAGCCUAAAUAACUAUACAGUAAAAAUGGAAUAUGUGUGAAACAUAUUUAUAAGGAAUCUUUGUUUUAGAACCAAAUAUUGCUAGUAACAAUCCUUAAUUAAAAAAAAUUAUUCCAUCUUCAAAUUAUUAUUUCCUUCAGUGUGAGUUUCUUUAAAAUCUGUAACAAUGCUCCUGAAAUUAUUCUUAAUCAAAUCUUUGGUUAUAUUUCAAUUUCUUCAUCAGAUCAAGAGAAACAAAUAUUAAGCAUCUUAACCUACCAAUAUAUGCAUGCUGCUCUGUAAUAUAGUAUAAUUAGUUUGGAUGCUUUGUGAUAUAUGGCAAUGUGAACCUGUAUUAUUUUUUUGACCAGCACAAAGGAAAUGGUACUAUAGUGAACUGUCUAAAGUUAUAUAAGCAGCAAGCAGUAUGUGGUUGUAUUCUUUAUUGGACUAGUAAACUCUUGGAAAGUCUGUGGAAUCUUGUUUUACUUUUCAUUUAUAAGAUUCCUCCAUCUUAUAUAAGCAACUGAUUUGGGUAAUUAAUGAGUUAACAGCUCUUUUCCCCAUUAAUUGUGAAACUAGUGAAGUUGAACAAAGGUUAGAGAGCAAAUGGAUGAUGAAAAAAGUAAAAAAUAAAUCACUGGAUUGAUCUGAGGAUUUAGGAAAAAUAAUGAAUCAGAACCACACAAGAGGCAUGGAUAAAGUGUCCAUUCUAGUGAAAUAACAAAUGCAUAAAGCAAAUAUUCCUGAAAAUUAAUAAAGAUUGUAAUUGAUUAAAACAAGCAAGCAUUCAGUGCAACUUAUGAACCAUUAGGGCAUUAACUAGGCCCAAUACUAAAAGGAAUAUGAAAUACUCUUAUUGGUUAAAAAUCUCUGAUAUUAAUGGUUUAAUAUUGUAUUUAUUUGUCCCAAUUUUAAAAAAUGGGGGUUACUAACAUGUCCUUUAAAAAUUAAACAAAAGUCUGGAUAAUCUUUGUAUAUAUCAUCUCAUGUUAUUUCUUCCCCCUCCCCAAAUAAAAUGCCCAUAUAAAAAUAAA